AUGCCCAUACAAGUAUUUGACUUUAGUACUGAAGCUCCUUUCCGUGUGAACAACACUGCCUUAACUUACUUAAUUGUUCAUUCAAACUUAAAACUUACUCGGAAUCAUAUUUACAAGAUUCUUGGAUUGUACCCUAAAAAUCCAUUCCAUAUUGAACUAUAUAAAUCAUUGAUCCGAUUAAUUAACUCAGUUGUACACACAUUAUUCGACACCAUCAGAACUUGUUCACUAUCACAAUAUCCUUUGACAAACAUACAAUACAUAAGCUUUAUGAUUGCAGAUGAGUAUCGAGAAAUAUUCUACGUUCCUAUUAUAAAAAGAGUUGAAUUGGACAUAAAUAACGGAGUUUCAGUAUUGGUGGAUAAGUGGUCCACUGAAACAGUCCCCGUAACUGUUAACCGGUCAAAAUACAAUGAAAUGUGGAUUAUCACGUACUUAUUAAAGACAGAAUUUGAAAAAGCAAUUCAACAAGAAAAAGAAAAAUCAACAAACAUCAAAAGCUAG